UCAAACGUCAAAGAAUAAAAAAUAAAUAAUUAGAUUUUCUAUACUAAGGUCUAUGGAAAAUGGAUAAUUCAAAAAAUUUAAAAAAUGAUAUUUAUAACUCAACUUGGAGCUCUAUUGAAGAUGUGUCUGUCAUUCAAGCACUGGGAAAUUCAUUUGACUCAAAUGAAGGUCCAAAUAAUCGAUUAAGAGAUGAUGAGAACUAUAGCGGAUUUGAUAGCAAUUUGGGAGCAACGUGGGUGUAUCCGAUAAAUAAACCAAUAAGGCAAUAUCAAUUAAGUAUUUCAAAAAAUUCAUUGUUCAAAAACACAUUGGUUGUAUUGCCGACGGGUCUUGGUAAAACUUUCAUUGCAGCUGUAGUUAUGUACAAUAUAUAUCGGUGGUAUCCAAACGGUAAAAUAAUUUUUAUGGCUCCAACACGUCCACUUGUAACCCAACAAAUUGAUGCUUGUUGUAAAAUUAUGGGGAUUCCAAAAACAGAUAUCGCAGAAAUGACAAGCAAAGUCACUAGAAAUAAUAGGGGAAAUGAAUGGCAUAAUAAAAAAAUUUUCUUCGCAACGCCACAAAUCGUCCAGCGAGAUUUAUCUGAUGCAAAUAUAGAAUUUCCUUUCAAACAUAUAAAAUUAAUUGUAGUAGACGAGGCCCACAAAGCGAAAGGAAAAUAUGCUUACGUUGAAGUAAUACAAUCGGUUGUAGAAAUAAACAAAAAUUUCAGGGUAUUAGCUUUAACAGCAACUCCAGGUAGAACUAUAACUGAUGUUUUGGAAGUUAUUCGAAAUUUACUGAUAUCUAAUAUAGAAAUUCGUUACGAAAAUUCACUCGAUGUGUCUCCCUUUACUCAUAAAAAAAAUAUUAAAAUUAUUACAAUACCUUUAGGAAAAGAACUGCUUAGCAUACGUGAGGAAUUAAUUAAUUUAAUUGAUCCGUACCUACGUGCACUAAUUGAUGAUGAAGUCAUAAGCAGUAACGUCUGCAAUAUGUCCAAAGGUUGGUUGAUAAUGGAACAAAAAAAAUUUCGUGAACGUUCAAUGCACCAAAGGCAUAUAAAUCACUCAAAAGUAUCGUUAAAUUUUUCAAUUUGUAUAUCUUUGUAUCACGCCCUAGAAUUGCUUGAGAGGCAUGGAACUAGAGUUUUAUUAAACUACUUUGACGAAGGUCAUUCUGAAAAGGAGAAAUUUUUCGUUAGCCUAGACCAAAAUAUAAAAAAAUUUGUUGAAAAACUACGACAGCAGACAGGAACGAAUCCUUUAUUGUAUAAUGAUAAUCCAAUCCCCAAUGGAAAUAUUCCUGAUUUACCGAUUGAUUCGAAUUUCGGACAUCCGAAAUUUGAGUACGCUAGAAACAUUUUAAUUCAGCAUUUUCAAGAGAAGCCUGAGUCCAAAGUAAUAAUUUUUUGUGAAUUUCGUGAAUCAGUCAUGUUGAUGCAUCGUAUACUACAUCAAAAUUGUUCAGUUAUCAAAUCAAAAUGUUUCGUCGGACAAGGUGGAACAGGGUCAAUACGUGCUGUUACCCAAGCACAACAGUUAAAAGUUAUGAAAGAUUUUCGUGAAGGAGUGUGUAAUACUUUAAUUGCUACAUCUGUAGCUGAGGAAGGUAUUGAUGUUGGAGAGGUUGAUUUAAUAAUUUGCUUCGAUAUAAGUACGAAGAAUCCAGUCAGGUUAAUCCAGCGCGUUGGUAGAACGGGCCGGGGUCGACAAGGGCAGGUAAUAAUGUUGGCUGCCGAAGGAAAGGAACAUUUAAUAUUAAAAGAGGUUCUAGCUAACAAAGACAAAACAACCUUAAAAUUAUUGAAAAGUCGCGAAAUUAAGGAAGCUUUUUAUAAACGGUCUCCAAGGUUGGUCCCACCAGAAUUUGAUCCCAAAUGUAUAGAAGUUUUUAUGAAAGAAUUGCAAAGUACGGAAAAAACGCAAAAUUGCAAACAGGUGGCAAAACAAUAUAAAAGUAAAAGUAAAAAAACACAAAUCUGUUUCCAGAAAAAGGAUGUACGCAGUUAUUUUAAACAAGUUCAACCAGAUUUAUCACAAGGAGAACUAGCUAUAUUUGACAUGGAACAAAUAAGUGAAAGGGAUUGUAAAAGCGAAGAAAACACUAUUUUAGAAAUACGGGAAGAAAUCGCAUGUAUGAGUAAUUUUUACAAAGAUUAUGUUACAACCCAAUUAGACAAUACUGAAUAUGAAAAUGAAAUUAAGAACACAUCUGCUGUGAGAGAAUUAGAAAACAAAUUCAAGAAACUUAAUUAUAUGACCAGACAGUUAGAUAAAGAUAUAAAAACAUGUGAUUACACUAAAAAUUUGGAUGAACUAUUGAAAUCCAAGGUGAUCAAUAAAUCUAUCAAAAGGUAUGUUUUACUAAAAAAUGGAGAAUAUAUAAAAGAGAAAUUUAAUGCUGUGAAUGGGUUAUUGGCUACAGACGAAGAAAAUGGUAGUAAACAUACUAUAAACACUUCUAAGAAAAAGAUUCUUGAAACAUAUGAAUUACUUGAAAGUGUUCUAGGAAAUAAAAUGGAAAUCGAAUAUUUAAUAAAAAGUUAUGAACAAGAAAAACGUAAAGAAGAAAUGCUGUUCAAUUACAAAGCAUAUGUCACCAAAAAUGUUAUUGAUUCGUUUAAAAGUUUAAAAAAAAGAAAACCUUUUGAAAUGCUUGACACUGUUUACAAAAAUGACUUUAUUAAUGAAGAUGUGGAAAAAUUUGAAUCCAUUGAUAUAUUAAAUAUUACGAAUGAAACUAAUAAAAAUGAUGAAAAACUAUCAAUAACAGAAGAUACGGUAUUACCAGACAUCGAUCAGGAUUUUGAUCAUUCCGAAUGUGAUUCAAAGUAUGCAAGUCAGUGGAAUAUGUCAAAUGAUAUUAAAAUUGAAAGCCAUUCGACAUCUGAUUCAAAAUUUUCAAACCAAGCUCAAUCUAAUUCAGAUGUCAUUGAAGAGGUUGAAAACAAGAAAAUAUUGCUAAAUAACAACUUUCCUACAGUCACAUCUACGCCAAAACUCUUAUCAAAAGAAGAAAAGCAAUUUUCGAGAAACCCACCAAGACCAAGGCAUAUAAAUUAUCAAGAGAUAUUAGAUAAUAAAUCUACAGCAAAAAAUCAAAAUCAAAUUUCAUUACAUAACUCAAACAAAAAAGCUGCAGAAUUAAAAAAAUCUAUACUUCCAGAAAAAAUUUGUAGUGAAAUUUCAAUAGAUUUAUUUGAUGACGAUUUUGAUUUCGUUUUUGGUGAAAAUGAAAAUAUUGACACAAACACUGAGCGACAAUAUGAAAUAAAAAAUUGUGAGAAAAUAAAUUCUGAUAACUUUUCCGAAACUGCCGGUCUAAAACAAAAUAUUCUACAUACAAAAUCGGAUAGUAAUGAUGAAAAUAAGCUAGAUUUUAUAAAUAAUCAAUGCGAAAUAGAAGGAAACCCUGUGAGCAACACAAAUAAAUGUACUACAUUAUAUAAUACUGAUAAUAUAUUUGAAAAUUUCAGCAAAGAAAAAGAAUUUGAUGAAAAAUCUAUGAUAUCAAUAAGUCAAAUUUUAGAAAUUGUAGGAAAAAAAGAAUCUACUGUAAACAAACUUAACGUGACUAAUCCUGAACUAGAAGAUUUUGAUAUCAACGACUUUGCAGAACCGUUUGAGGAAGAGGAAAAUUAUAUGUUUAACGUUGACACAUUUGAAAACAUAUCUGCUGAAGGUCGCAAUAAUUUCAAAAAUAAUAUUGAAAAUACAGAAAAUCUGAAUAAUAAAAUAUAUUCCAAGCAGUCCAUAACAAGUAAUAAAAAUGUAAAUGUUGAUAUGAAAAAAGUAACUGCAACUAUAAAUGGUAUGAAUGAUUCUUUUAUUGCCAAAAAUAAAAUGUGUAUGUCUCCAAAAGGUAAUCAAAAAAGGAAUGAUGUAGCAAUUGAUGAAAUAUCACCUUCGCUUAUAAAACGUACAACAAGUCGCUUAAAAUUACAAAACGCGUGUGAAACGCGUUAUUCAAAUUCAACAGAAAAAAUUCUUAAAAAAUUAAGUUGGGACGGUUUUAAGGAGGAUAAUCUUGGAAAUGAAACUCAAAAUAUCAAUAGCACUUCACAAAUUAAGCCAGUAAAAAAAAACUUUAAGAUAAUUUUUAGUUCGGAUUCUUCAGACUUGGAAAGCAGUAUAUGUCACAAUGGGCUGCAAUCAACUAACAUUCAAAUUUCUUCAACUCCUUUAAAAGAAAAAUGCAACAGAAGUCGACAGAAAUUAAGAGUUAAAAGAAAAACGCGGUUGAAGAGAUGUAAUUUCAUAGAUGAUGAAGCGGCUCACAGCAGUUUGAAUAGUCAAGAAAGUGAAGGCAAUGAGUCUGAUGCCUAUGAUUCUAUUAUUGCAAAAGAUGAUGAAACAGAAAACUUUCUGGACUCUAAAAUUUAUCUUAAAUAUAUACAAACAACAAAGAGUCCUCAAAUAUUACGAAAUAAUGGUUUCAAAUUUCCUUCGCCCCGUCAAUACAAUGAUUUGUCAAAAAUUUUAUCUCAACCAGCAAAUGAUGCGGAUGAUAUCUUGGAUUGUAAUGAUUCCUUUAUAGUUGGCGACGAAGAGUUUAGUGAAAGUGAGGAAAGUGAAAUGUCACCGUUAUCGAAAGCGGAAGCUAUAUUACAAAAACGAAAACGUGAAAAAUGUAAAAAGUUAUUAAAUAUACAACCAAAAAACAAAAGAAGGAGACGUAUAUUACAUGAUAUAAUAGAAAUUUCAGAUGAUGAAAAAGGAUGAUUUGUAGCAAUAUCUUAACAAAAUGUUAAUUAUACUGCAUUUAGAGAACUAAUUUUAUUAGCUAAAAAUCAAUUAAAUAUUUCAAAAUUUUUUCUACAUUAUAGUAAUUAAAAUUAUUUAAUAAAUAUCACAAAAACUUAA